UACAUAACUUUAGAAUGAAAGGGGAAGAAAAGAAGCUUAUUUUGACCACAGGGUGCAAUUUUUUGAACACAUCUGCAAUCUAGUGCAAUCCAAUACAGUAAACCUGCAAUGAACAGGACUCCAGAAGCUUAUAAGGAGGAGAUUCAUAAUUAAGGUUUGAUUCAUGAGUUGAUUCAACAUAAUUACUUUAAAUUAUCACGUUUUUCAAAAGCAGAACAACAGCAGCACGAACACAGCACUGAGAUUAAUCAACUUCUCUCUGACACAGAAUAAAAAAAUAAAGAAAUAAAUUAAAAAAAACCUGCACCAUAAAUCUUCACAAAGUAGUUUUGCAGGGUAUCGGAUUGCGUGAGAGUGCACGAAUCUUCGUGAUGUUGUGUCCACCCCCCACAGCUACGUGUGUACACUCAGGCAUCUCAUAGCAUUAAACACAAACACGCCACACAGACUGUUAAUUCGUCGUGAAUCUGUUUCAACUAUCACCUGAAUGAGCUGUGACACCAACUGGAUUACUGACUCGCUUUCCGCAAAAUGUCGACAUUGGGCAUGCGUCAAAUUUCCAAGAUCACCUUCUUUUCAGGUCUAAUGAGUCAUGACAUUAACAGAGCCUAAAGCCUUCCUCCCACGCUUCUCCAGCCCACUCCUCUCCCCUUAUUUGAGGCGCUCCUCUCCUCCAGCCUUCAGAGCAGCAGGAGCAGCUCCCAGUCAGCGCAGCUCUCUCCUGCCGCUGCGGAGCGACGGGAGUUUUAAACCUUUUUUGCAGGAUAUACCUUCAUCUCGCCAAGAUGAGGCUUCUUUUUGUUAUUGUUGCGGCUCUGUUGACAGAAAAUCUAGCGCUUCCAGUGGGAAAGGAAGGGCAGAGAGAAGAUGUGGUAACAAGAUGUUUGGUUGAAGUCUUGUCCAAAGCUCUCUCUAAACCGGACUCACAGCUGGAUCAGGAAUGCAAAGACAUUCUCCAAGCAGGGGUUAAACAUGCCCCACUGGACAAGAAGAGCGGAGAGGGGAAAGAAGAAGUGGUCAAAGGUCACGCAGAGGAGCCUGAGGCAAAGGGCGCAGAUGUGAAAGACAUCGAGGCACUUCUGAAAUCUGUGGAGGCAAAGAGAGAUGAAAACCCCGAAGACGAGCGCAGUCAGGAAUCCUGGAGUCUUGGUGAUGAGAAGGAGAAGAGACAUGGGAACGAGGAGGAGGAUGAGCGGGAGAAGAGGAACAGCUGGAGGCCUGGAAGAUACCACCAAAAGAAACACAAACGUGGAGAGGAAGAAGAGGACGGCGAGCGCAGUCAGGAGAGUUGGGGGUUAGAAAAGAGAUCAGAUGAAGAGGGUGAUGAGAGAUCAAAGAGUAACUGGAGACCUGGGAAACACCACCACCAAACAAGACACAGACGAGAUGAGGAACCUUUAGGAGAAGAGAGGGAGGAGCCAGAGGAAGAGCGCAGCCAAGAGUACUGGGAUGUAGACAAAAGGCAUGGAAAUGAAGAUGAAGAGGAGAGAUACAAGCGCAUAUGGAAACCCACCCAUCGCUACCACCACAAGAAAAAGCUCCACAAACGUGGCGAUGAAGCAUCUGAGGAAGAGGAAGACGACGAUCGAAGCCAGGAAUCUUGGGGUCUUGAUGAUCAGAGAGACAAGAGGGAAUGGAGGACUAGAAGGCCCCACCAGAGGAGACACAAACGUGACGAAGAACUCUCAGAGGAAGCCAGGGAAGAACCCGAUGAAGAGCGCAGCCAGGAAUCUUGGGGUCUUGAUGGGGAGAGAGGAAAGAGAGACUGGAGGCCUGGCAGGUUCCACCAGAGGAGACACAAACGUGAUGAAGAGCUCUCAGAGGAAGCCAGGGAAGAGCCCGAUGAAGAGCGUAGCCAGGAGUACUGGGAUUUUGACACCGGAAGAGACAAGCGGGACUGGAGGCCUGGCAGGUUCCACCAGAGGAGACACAAACGUGAUGAAGAGCUCUCAGAGGAAGCCAGGGAAGAGCCCGAUGAAGAGCGCAGCCAGGAGUACUGGGAUUUUGACACCGGAAGAGACAAGCGGGACUGGAGGCCUGGCAGGUUCCACCAGAGGAGACACAAACGUGACGAAGAGCUCUCAGAGGACGAGAGAGAAGAGCCGGACGGGGAUCGCAGCCAGGAGUACUGGGGUUUCGACAAAAGACACGGAACAGACGAGGAAGAAAUAGAAAAACGUAUAUGGAAACCAACACACCGAUACCACCAUAAGAAGAAAUUUCACAAGCGUGGCGGAGGAUCAUCAGAAGAAGAGGAAGAACAGAGGAAUGAUUCAGAUGAUUUUGAGGAAGACAGGGACGAAGCUCUGAGGUAUCUUGCAGAGAAGCGCAAUCCAUGGAUUUACAGAGGCUUCUACCAUCCUGCCUGGUUUAAAAGGGAUUCAGAAGACCACACUGCAACCUCAAACAAGAUGACCGAAUUGGCCAAGUUGCUGAACUAUAAAAUAAACCAGCUGGCCAACCAGUCUCAUCAAGAGGAGCCAAAGAGAAGCACACAUCAGAGAGCACUUACCCCGCAGGAGGAAAAAGAGCUGGAAAACCUGGUGGCAAUGGACAUGGAGCUGCAGAAAAUUGCUGCCAAGUUGCAUGACAACAAUGAAUAAAACAGGAUGGACAACAUUUUAAGACACCAUCAACUAUCAGUGGAUAAAAGCUGCUGUCUUACUGUAUGUCUACCAAUUUAGUGUGCUUACAGUGUUAGAAAAGGACAAAAAAGUCCAUAAAAAAAACCUGGAGCCUUGCCAAAAACAUUUUAUGAACAUGUUUAUCAUUGUAUUAGUGAUAUUUUGAUGUUAUCAAAUUAACCAGCAUGGGAAUGGUUUUGAUGUUUAUAUAUAGUAAAGAGAAAAUAUUAAAAUAAUAUAUCUAAGACAAAUGAUUCAAAUAAUUGUGUUCUGAAGAGUUUGUUCAGUUUGCACUCAAUAAAAGGAGUUAUUCUGGGACCAAACAAAUAUCUCUCAAAUUAUUUCUUGAUAAUUAAAAAAAAGAAAUCUUCACACAUCAUGCUCUUUAGUACUAUUUUUUUAAUUCUGUGCAGAUACAGAUGCAGCCCACAGUGAUGCUGCAUUAGCAACUGGUGUGUAACAAAUGGCACUUUCUGCAGAGGGAUAACAAAAUAAAAUAGUAGCCAAUCUAGAAGCUGGAGAGCAUUAACAACAAAAUAAUAUUGUUUAUACACCUGGUUUCAAGG